AGGCAAUGGCCACCGCAUCGGAAGUAUUCCGUCCUAGCGACGGGGAGUUGCUGAUCCGAGACAGCCUGUCCCAGGGCCCCUCAGUGCCUACGGACACGUUCAAGAAGGAGGACCGUCGCCCUAUGACGCAGGGCGGGUACCGCUUCGGCCAGCUCAGCCACAACUCGUUCUUCACGAGGCACAACCCCCACCCUGCCCGAGUCAGGCAUCUCAAAGGUCUCCUGGACGUGCCCAUCUGCAGCGUGAACGAUGACGGCUACUUCGCCAACCCCCGCUACUCCCUGCAGUUCCCGCCAAACCAGCACAACACCAACCGUCUCAAGAACUGGAAAGGCCGUAUCCCAGUCAACGCCAUUAAUGUCAACAGCCAACUGCAUCCGAUCAAUACGAUCACAGGACUCCAGUACUUCAUGGGACUCAACAGCUAUCCCUACAGGGAGAAGGCGAUACCCAAGGUUGGAUUAGUACCCGUAACUGAGGCCUGGCGUGAUGAACUCAGCGCCUUCACCCAAAAACUGAAUCUCGACAACGAAGUACCCGCGCCGGCAUCCGCGUCCGGGCCUAAGCCAGAGGAAGAGCAGAGACCCAGGUCCACGAUGUACUCACCAGAGACCGGACGCCUCAUCCCGCCCCCAUCUCGCGCCAUGUCCAGGGGCGGAUCCAGGCGAGGUCGGUACAACGGUCAGCAGUUUGUAGGCGGCAGCCUGCAGCAUAUCGCCGCUGAUCCGGAUUUGGAGAAUGUGGUUCUCGUGAUGUUGUGUCAGAUUCUGCAGACUGAGGACGUCAAUGCAGUCCAAGCUUGGCUCUGUUCCGCAGGGGAACGAGAAAAGGAGCAUGUGAUGGGACUGGUACGUAGCGCCAUCGCCGGUAGGGAAGAGUACUACAAGCAGUACCCUGCAGAGUUUAUCCCCGACAACGGGAAGGCCAAGUUACCUCCCAUCAGCCAGAAGCCUGGCUCGGCCAGUGGAGAAACUAACAGGCUGGUCCUUGAUGAAGGCAACAACGGCGCCGGGGAGCCCGACAAUAACGGCAGGUGGCAGAAGAUGUGGGUGCCCCCGGUGGUGCCCAUAGAGGAGAACGCCGCGGCCGAGGAAGGAGGAGAGCAGCAGGAGAAGACGGUGGUGGACGACUCCAAUGUCUUCACCGUCACCCCUCCGGUCAAUGACGUCUUCAAGGCCAUGCCACCCACCACCAGGAAGCCAAUGACCCCUCUCCAGCCGGCCCGGGUUCCAACCUUCACCCGGCCAGAGCCCCCAGCCACCCCCAAACCAGCCAGCCCAGAGGCCACCAAGCUCAAGUACACCAAAUCUCCUCCUGCCAAAGAACAGCCCUUGGAAAACAUGUGGAGCCAAAAACAAUCUUUGAAUACGUUCUAACUAACUGAUCUGUGAUAUUAUAAUAACGAAAUAAAUAAAUAACUUUAUGUUUGAUUUAAUAUGAGGGACUUUGUCCGGUAUUCCAUUAUGAGUUAGCCAUCACGAAUUCAUGCUUCAUUGAUAGGAUAGAAAAGAAGUACUGUAUAAUAACGACUUGAAGUUUAGGUUGUUGGGUUGUUGUUUUUUUAGUUUUAGUAAGAGUUUUACAUCAUUUGCAACACAAUUAGGUCAUAUGUAAGCGC